CCCCCACCAAUGCUUUCCCUCCUUGCACUCGCUUUCUGGCCAGCCUUGCAUCAGGGUUAACUGAGGCAGGGAGGAGGAGACCCCCACCCCCCACCCCGAGCACUGAAUUGUUUGCAGCAGUUUGGACCCAGAGCUGGGGGGGGUGGGGGGGAGAUCUCGGAUCCUCGCCCCCCAUACACAGCCCACUUCCUAAGGAGAGCGAGAGGAAAAAAAGACCCCGACUUGGACUCAAACGCCAAGCAUCCGAUGGCACAAAGGUACGAUGACCUGGUGCAUUACCCUGCCAUGGAUGGAGUCGCUUUGCCCGGGUUCGGGGACCCUCACACGGCUCGGAGUUUGCCGCAUCACUCGUUGAACCAGAGCUCGCCGUAUGGAUCGGCCGGGGUGGCCCACCGGGCAGGCAUGCCCCCGGGGCUGGGGAAUACGGACGCCUUGAAGAGGGAGAAGGAUGAGAUCUAUGGGCACCCCUUGUUCCCCUUGCUGGCCCUGGUCUUUGAGAAGUGUGAGCUGGCGACCUGCUCCCCCAGGGAUACCUCGGGCUCUUACCCCGGUGGGGACGUCUGCUCCUCCGAUUCCUUCAACGAGGACAUAGCCGUCUUCGCCAAACAGAUUAGGACAGAAAAACCUUUAUUUUCUUCCAAUCCCGAGCUGGAUAAUUUGAUGAUUCAAUCCAUCCAGGUGCUGCGAUUCCAUCUCUUGGAGUUAGAAAAGGUACACGACCUGUGCGACAAUUUCUGCCACCGCUACAUCACCUGCCUGAAGGGGAAGAUGCCCAUCGACCUGGUAAUCGACGACCGGGACGGGGGCUCCAAAUCCGACCUGGAGGACUUCACGGGGUCCUGCGCCAGCCUCUCCGACCAGAAUAACUCCUGGAUCCGAGACCAUGACGAGACGGGCUCCACGCACUCGGGCACACCGGGCCCCUCCAGCGGGGGCAUCGCCUCGCAGAGCGGGGACAACUCCAGCGAGCCAGGGGACUGCCUGGAUAACAGCGUGGCCUCCCCCAGCACCGGGGACGACGAUGACCUGGACCGGGACAAAAAACGCAACAAGAAGCGGGGGAUCUUCCCCAAAGUAGCCACCAACAUCAUGCGGGCCUGGCUGUUCCAGCACCUGUCGCACCCGUACCCCUCGGAGGAGCAGAAGAAACAGCUGGCGCAGGACACGGGACUCACCAUCCUGCAGGUCAAUAACUGGUUUAUUAACGCCCGGAGGCGCAUCGUACAGCCGAUGAUCGACCAGUCCAACCGCACAGGUCAGGGGCCGCCCUACAGCCCCGACACGCAGCCCAUGGGUGGGUACGUCAUGGACGGGCAGCAGCACAUGGCCAUCCGCCCCCCUGGUCCGAUGGGCAGCAUGGGUAUUGCCAUGGGAAUGGAGGGUCAGUGGCACUACAUGUGAGCUCUCCCGCUGACACCGAUGCUGGGGGAUGUUUCCAGGAUAUGCCGGGCCCUGCCAGGCCAUUAUCCUACCGGGCCCACGGGCACAGAACUCACGCAGCAGCCAGGGUACAGGCACCCGCUCCCCAUAUCCCAUACCUCACCCCUCUUCCCGCCAGCCCGUGCCAUGGCCCCACCUCCCCACCCCCAUGCUCCCGGGCAGCAGCACGCAACGCCCGCUCCGACGCCCCAGAGCGGGGCGGCCACGGACACAGAGACCCAAGCUGCCGUCCCCAUCCCUCCCUGCUCCCCCUCUCCCGCCAUCACCCCAGGAACCACUCGCCCGAGCGGCCAGACUGGGCCGCGCUCGGAAGGACGCGAAGCCGGGCCGUCGAGCAUCGCAGGCUCCGAGAGGCGGCCGACGGAGAAGCCAGACUCGGGCACUUAAUAGAACAUGAAACUGACCCGUCCGCUGUCUGCAAAGGAACUGCUCGGUCGCAUUUAAGAGAAGGAUUUGGGGCUCUUUUGUGUUACUUUGGGGCUGGUUUCUUAUCUCCCUCCACGCACGCACGCACACCCCCCCCACUUCCCCAACGGAAAGAAACAACAGCCUCUCGGUUCAGAUUUUCACCCCUCUCCACCACCGUCCCUAAGCUCCGGAGUCUUUCGGGGCGACAGAAUCCGUCGGGUUUUUUGGUUUGGUUGUUUUUUUAAUUAUGAAUGAAUUUAUUAUUAUUGACGCGCAGAACGGGGAAGUAAAUUAACUUGUACAUUUU